CAUUCAAAAUGGCAGCCUCCAUGCUGUAAGUCACCACAAUUGUUGCUAGGAUAAAAUUUGAUUUUGAGACCAACAUACUCAUUGAAUUCGGUAAAAACCUCAUACAUGAAGAUGGCAAAACGAACUGCCACAACAGAACUUACCGACAGGAACUGGGACCAUGAAGAUGAACCAGAGGAAGCUGGGGAGUUUGUACAGGCAUCAACACAAAUCAUCAAACAGAGACAGAUAAUUAAAGCCAAAAGAAAAAACACAAGCGUAGAGGGAGGAAGCAAAUCAUUCACCGGUUUCUCUGGGUUCAGUUUCAAGCCUACAUCAACGAGUACUCCAUUUAGCUUCAAUGUCAAAUCCGUAACCAACGGUCAGUCAGAAAAUAAGGAGACUCCAGCUAGUGUUGUUCCUGCCAAGGCAAGUCCAGAGAGCAGCCCUGUUAAACCGACACCGGCUAGUAAUGGCUCGUCUAAGGCAGAAGGUUCAGGCAAUGAUUCCUGUAAGACCUACUCGGAGAAUCUGCGAAAACUUAAUGAGAGUGUGUUGUCAUGGAUACAGAAACAUGUGGAAAAAAAUGCAUAUUGUAUUUUGACUCCAAUAUUCAAAGACUAUGAAAAACACCUUGAUGAACUCGAAAAGGAAAAGUCAGAGAGUUUGGCCAAAGGUAACGGGAUGGAAAUGAAGAUGACCACAACAUCGUCCACUGUUACUGAAGCAGGAACUAACUCUGCCAUAUCCUCAAGUAAACCGGCGUUCUCAUUUGGAACAUCCGCCACUGCCACGUCCGGAAGUGGAUUCAGCUUCGGGUCUACAGGUACCACAGCACCACCUGAUGGUAACAAGGGAACUAACGGAAGCUCCACAUUUGGGACGGCAUCAGCAACUGGUUCUGGUUUCCCAGGGUUUAAUUUAAAAUCAAAUCUUGGAUCCACACCGUCACCGUUUUUCGCUGUCGGACAAUCUUCAGGUGCUACAGGAUCCUCAAAAGAUACUGAGGAAGAAGAGUAUGAACCCCCCAAACCAGAAUCAACAGAAGUUAAAGAGGAGGGAGCCCUUCAUACAGUCAAAUGCAAGUUGUUUUAUCAGAAGGACGGUGCUUGGACGGAACGUGGAAUCGGGUUCUUACAUCUCAAAAAACCUGACGACAAAGCACAGCUUGUAAUACGUGCGGAUACAACUUUAGGGAACAUCAUAUUAAAUAUCAACCUAUCGAGCUCACUACCCUUGAAUCGUCAGGGCAAGAACAACGUGAGUUUGAUGUGUGUACCGAACCCUCCCAUCAAUACUAAGGAGGAUCCUAAAGCUACUGCUAUGCUUAUCAGAGUGAAGACUGCGGAGGAUGCCGACACACUUUACGAGAAAAUGAAGGAGCUGAGGAAUUAAUACCAAUGUAUAUAAAUCUGUCGACAUUAUGAAAUGGACUAUCUAAAGAAUGUCUCAAGCUUUGUGUAUCAGUAAAAAGAGCGAACUUUCCUUGAGAACUGAUUGUUCCUGUGAAUCAAACUAAUACAUACAUUCAAUAAGGGAAUUAAAUUCUUCAAAAAGUGAUGAAA